AUGUCCAAACGACAAUCUCGUAAUAACGCGUCAGCAGUGCCGAAAUCAGCAUGGAAUAAUGCACCUGCUGAAGCAGCAGUAACACCGGUUCCACAACGAUCACAGAGUGAAUAUCCAACACCAAGUGAAGCCAUAGCUAAUUUAUCGUUGCAAUCUGAAACAACAACUUCUACUCGUUCGAAAACAACUGGCCCAUCAAAUCGGCGUAUCUUACACUCAGUGGUACCUGAUUCCGCAGUGCUCACUCCCAUUCAUCGCCCAGAUCAAGGUGGCAAAGCCGGCCAACCUGUUCAAAUCUACACAAAUCAUUUCCGAGUCUCUAUCGAUGAUGCUAUCGUCAAUCAAUAUAAUAUUGAGAUAUCUAUGGUACGCCGUGACGGCAAAUUAACUGCAGCACGAAAGAAUGAACGAUGGGAAACGCUGCAACAAUUGGCUAAACGAGAAAAAAGUUUUCCUAUCGUCUGGUAUGAUGAAGGUUCCAACCUAUAUACUCGAGAACUUUUAACCGAUUUUACCAAGCCGCUGCGUGUCAAAUUGAACAUCGAUGAUGAAGAGAAGGUUUUCGAAUUUAAAGUUUUAAAUUUGGUCCGUCAAGAGAAAAUUCGAGAUAUUUUCGACUUUAUUGCUGGACGAACUAGCAUAAGACCACGUGAUCCGAUUCGAAUAAUCGAAACGCUAUUCAAACAAUCGGUCCAUAACGAUCUCGUAUGCAUACGAAACAAGUUUUAUAGUCGUCGUCAAAAACUGGUUGAUCUUAAUGAUGGACGUGGUAUGGCCAGUGGCUUCCAUCAAGCAUUGUGCUUAACACGUGGUGGCCCAACGUUGAAUGUGAAUUUAACUUUCGCAUGCUUUUAUUUACCGCUCAAUUUUGUCGACUUUUCUUGCAAGUAUUUGAGAAAAGAUAUUACUAGAGGAAUUUCUCCGGGCGAAAUUGAAGGAAUUAGACAACUGUUCAAAAAUCUUCCCAUUGAAACGAUUCAUGCUGGUCGUCCACUUCGAUAUCGUGUCAGAGGCUUUGGUCGUCCUCCCAAUCAAUUGACAUUCGAUCGUCGUUCCGAUAAUAAAUCAGCAGCAGCAGCAGGAUCAUCUGAUGACGAUAACACAGUUGCAAAAGUAACUACCACUGUAGCUGAUUAUUUUGCUCAAAAGUACAAACCAUUGAGAUAUCCACAUUUACCAUGUGUGGAUGCUCGAAAAGGUAGUGAACCAAAUGCACAUUGGUUACCCAUGGAAGUUGUCAAGAUUGUAGAAUGGGAACGUGCAUUAAAACCUUUAGAUAGUGUUCAACGUGCGCUUGUGUCGAAAACAACGAUCAUCAAACCGGACAAACGUUACGAUGAUAUUAUUAGAAUAGUUAAACAACGAAAUUUUCAAUCAGACCCGUUUUUAAAGGCGUUGAAUAUCAAAGUGAAUGCAGAUGAAAUGUUGCAGAUUAAUGCUCGAAUCCUCCCACCACCAGAAGUAAAAUAUCGAGGUAAAGGAAACAGUGAAGUCGCAGAAUAUGUUGCUGUUGGGAAAUGGGCCAUUCGAAAUAGAUUUUACCAUAGUCCUGUGAUAAACAAAUGGGGUAUGCUUUAUUUUGGACCAAAGCCUCAAAAUCAAAUCAUUAGUAUACUUCAAGAAUUUGAAAACCAGCUUCCUCAACUAUCAUCACAAUGUGGUGUAGUAUUCAGCUCGAAACCGACGACUAUGGCUAAACCUCCGCGGCAAGACGAGAUAGAAAACGCCAUGAAAACUGCUGUUAAUCAAGGUUGGCAACUAGCGAUUGUCGUUCUGAAUGACGUUCCAACUGAAGUUUAUGAGUGUGUGAAACAAUUGGGUAAUCAACAGCUUGGCUUACCUACACAAUGCGUUAGCUUUCAAGCACUCGAGCGUAACUCAGGCAAACUUCGCAUGUAUGUUCAAAAUCUUAGCCAAAAGAUAAAUGCUAAAAUUGGUGGAAUCAAUGGUGUAGUAAAUUUAAAAGCAGCAUUGAGCCAUUCAUCUAAUGAAGAUUUAUUUAUGUUUUUUGGUAUUGAUGUCACACACACCACAUCUUCAACCACAUUACCUUCCAUUGCGGCAGUUGUGGCUUCAUGUGAUCCAACUUGUAGUCGUUAUGUAGCACGACUUUGUGAACAAUAUCCUCCGAAAGGUCGUUGCUCAAUUGAAAUUAUCAAAGAAUUAGAUAAGAUGGUAAUUGACUUGUUACAAGUAUUCUCUCGUACGUGUGGAAAUCGUUUGCCUAAUCGGCUUGUUUUCUAUCGGGACGGUGUUGAUGAUGGACAGUUUCAGAAAGUACUCGACAACGAAGUUGAUAAAAUCAAGCAUGCUUGUCGAGCUGUGUAUGGAAAGGCUCAAUUGCCUCGAUUAACAUUUAUCAUCGUGAAAAAAAGACAUCAUACACGAUUCUUUACAUAUGAUGGUCAGUAUACCAAGAAUAUUGAACCAGGCACUGUUAUUGAUCAAGAUAUUACUCAUCCGUCGCAGUUUGACUUUUACCUGUGUUCACAGGCUGCUAUUAUGGGAACGUCACGUCCAGCAUUAUAUCAUGUUCUACAUGAUGAAAAUAGUUUCAAUAGUGAUGACAUUCAACAGCUAACCUAUUGGAUUUGUCACACAGAUGCUCGUUGCACAAAAUCUGUUUCGAUACCGGCACCGGUGCACUAUGCCCAUUUAGCAGCACGUGCUGCCCGUAUGCUUGAUUUUCAUGAUGCGAACGAUCGAAUUGAGGAAGCUGAGGGAGAUGAUCUGGAUGAUCAAGAAAACUUUACAUUAGAAGAUAUAAAAACUAAAGUGAUGUUAUUGAACGAUAAAAUUCAAAAUAACAUGUGGUUUGUCUGA